AUGGCCUAUCGCAACAAUAACCGUCGCGGUGGAGGUGGUGGUGGUGGUGGCGGCAGUGGUGGAGGUGGCGGUGGUAGCGGCGGCGGUGGUGGUGGUGGUGGUGGCGGGGGCAACUUUGGUAACAACUAUGGCAACCGUAUCAACCCUUGGGAUACGGGAGUGGGCGGGGGCCGUGGUGGGAACAAUGAUGCCAUCACGUUUGCCAACAGUUUGAUUAACAACCUGCUCCGCAAUCAAAACACUAACCAAGUUCCAUCACUCUUGGAUGGUGUGCAAUCUUCGCGAUUUGAAGACAUCAAUGGUUAUAAUUUCAUUAGGAACCGAUACGGUAAGAAUCGUUACACUAAUGGACGUGGCAUCCGAAAGCCGGAUGCCGUCGCCCGUACGAAGAACGUUCUGGCAAAGAAUUCAUGUAACCCGUCCCAUAGAGAAGCUCUCGAUAGCGCAUGUACUAGCAAUCGAGACAAUCAGAGCGGUAAUAAGGGAACCAAAAAGGGCAACACGACCAACAAUGCGUCGGGUGGUGCAAAGGAUAAAACCUUGCCCUCGAAGGUUUCAUCACCGUACAUGGAAGUUUCGAACGACUUUCUCUACUGUCACAUGUGCGAUAAGCACAUGUACGAUGCGACUUCAUUUGAGAAUCACAUCACCGGCCGUACGCACCGGGUGAUGAAGGAGAGCAUCGAGGAGAGCUACCGGAUGCGGGCCACGCUGCUCCGCCAGGAGGCCCGCAUCGCCGAGCAGCUUAAGACGAUCGAGAUCGACCGUCUGAAACGCAUGGGAAAGGCCAAGAACUACUACAAGGUGCGCGAGUACUGUCCGAUGUGCGAGCUGUUCUUUUACGGCCACAUCAUCGCCCAUCGGCGCUCGGAAAAGCAUCUGGAUCUGAAGAAGUUCUUGCACCCGAAGUGCGACGACUGCGAGCUGGAGUUUCACAAUCGUACGGAGUACGAUGAUCAUUUGCUUUCGGUUGUGCAUAUGAAAAAUUGCAAAUCUAAACCAAGCCGACUUGACAUCGAACGUAAGGCAAAACAAUUGACUAUUUCUACUAUGAAUGAUGAGUUACUAGACAUUCGCGAAGAGACGGCUCCAAAGAAGAAGAAAGAAAAGGAUACUGCUGCGGUAUCCGCGGCAAAGAAAUUGGAGACCGGAGACGGAAAAUCAGGCACCACCAGCGGUAAGCCGGCGGGGACAGAAGCGGCGAACGGUGAACCGAGCAAAGCGACCGAUGACGAUACCACGACCACAACCGAUACCCUCGAAGAUGGAGCCGGAAGUGAUAGUGGUAAACCAUCUGUAGAUGACGGCGUUGGGGCGACGCUGGACGAUCCGAAGCUCGACGAGGACUGUCUGGAAGAUGAGCUGCUUGCUAAGGAGGAAGAAAGUGAAGACUGCAUACUCGACUACAAGCCGGGUGAUGAGAUUGCGUCGGAAAUCGACAACAAACUGCCUCGCUACCGUAAGAAUCGUGCGCUCGGCCUUAGCCUGAUUGGCAAGCUAGAGUGCGUGGAGUGCCGCAUCUGUCACAAGUAUUUUGAUAGUGAGGCCACGGGCGAGGUGCACGCCCGCACUCACUCGCACUAUCGUGCGUUUAUUCGUUUUCUGAACGAGAAGGCAAUGGAGGUGCGUAUCGCCCAGAAGCGGGCCGCCGUCGCGCUGGAAGAAGCUGAGGCGGCGAAGAAAAAGCAGAAGCUGGCCGACGAAAAGAAGAGCGUGGAGGAGAUGAACGGUGGUGAGCAGAACGGAGGAGGAGCUGGAGCCGGCGGUUCCUCCGUCACCGCCGCCGUCGAAGCAGUGAAGAAGGACUCGGAGCUGUACGAUCCAUCGGAAGCAACAGAAUCUGGCGAUGCGAGUAUGGCCGAAGACGGCAAGAGCGACGACGGUCAGAACGGGUCCGAGCAGGUCGAACUGAUGGAAACGGAGGACCGUGCCGGCGGGGCAGAAGAUAUCGGUAAAACCGAUGAGGAUGCUCUCACGGCAAUGGGCAAUAACGACGAGCAACCUGAUGCUGAAGGAGGUGAAGACUCCGGUAAGGAGGAAGAAUCCAAAGAGUCCCACAAGAAGGACAAAUCGGGCGCCCGUGGAGGCGGAAACAGGCGAGGACGGAGCACUAGGGGUCUUUAUGGCAGCCGCUACUAG